CCCAGGGAGGCGGGGCCCGCCGGCAGGGGGUUCCAUGCGCCGUCGUCGCAACGCGGAAGCCUGCCACGCGGAAAAGAACACCUGUUCGUGACAGAAAAUUUGUGAAGUAUAGAAAUGCAUGGGGAGAAACAAAAAUUACUCGACUUCUUGUUGAUACACCGUGAAAAAAAAGUUAGGAAAUUCCCCGAAGUCUUUAAAUUGUAAAACACCGAUUUAGUGGUAAUCUUUCCAUUAAAGAAGUGAGCUUUCCUGUAUGGGCUUAAAAAAAAAAACAAAAAACGCCUCCGUGGGCGCUCUUACAACACCUAGCUUCCAUCCUAUGCUAACUCCAUGCUGUGCAGUUUAGAGCCACUACGGACCGCCUCCGGGCCCUAGAAACCUGUCUCUAAAAACAAGUUAGGGACUUUGCUCUUCCCAUCCCUGGGCCGCUGACCACUUCAUCAAACCUCCGCGCGAGGGCGCCCUCCCCGCCGCCCGCCAGGUGACGCGCAGGGCCGUAAGAGCGGCCAGCGUGGCCAUCACAGCCGAGCCGCACCCCGAGCCGAUCUCGCCUUAUUAAAUUACGGAAAUCAUAAGAUGGACAGCCCCACCGUCUGUCCUCACACCCCCAGAGAACAUUCCCAGCUUCCGUGAGUUUUCCGGCAGGCACUGUGUAAACCCAAGCGGAGAGAAGUCCAAGCAGCGAGGACCCUGCUGCACGGGCCAUCCUCCUUUCCCAGGCGUGGGCCCUAGUCGGCCGUCCCGCCUCCGCUCCCCCGCCCCAUACAAGGGGACCUGCGUUCGGUUAGGCAGCAGCUGGGGCGACUUCCUUCCUCUCGGAGCAAGAUGGCGGGCGGUGAGGCUGGAGUGACUCUGGGGCAGCCGCAUCUUUCUCGUCAGGAUCUCGCCACUUUGGAUGUUACCAAGUUGACGCCACUUUCACACGAAGUUAUCAGCAGACAAGCCACAAUUAAUAUAGGUACAAUUGGUCAUGUAGCUCAUGGAAAAUCCACAGUUGUAAAAGCUAUUUCUGGAGUUCACACUGUCAGGUUCAAAAAUGAACUAGAAAGAAAUAUUACAAUCAAGCUUGGAUAUGCUAAUGCUAAGAUAUAUAAACUUGACGACCCAAGUUGUCCCCGGCCGGAAUGUUAUAGAUCCUGUGGAAGUAGUACACCAGAUGAGUUUCCUACAGACAUUCCAGGGACCAAAGGGAAUUUCAAAUUAGUCAGACAUGUUUCCUUUGUUGACUGUCCUGGCCACGAUAUUUUGAUGGCUACUAUGCUAAACGGUGCAGCAGUGAUGGAUGCAGCUCUUCUGUUGAUAGCUGGUAAUGAGUCUUGUCCUCAGCCUCAGACUUCUGAACACCUGGCUGCUAUAGAAAUCAUGAAACUGAAGCAUAUUUUGAUUCUACAAAAUAAAAUUGAUUUGGUAAAAGAAAGUCAGGCUAAAGAACAGUAUGAACAGAUCCUUGCGUUUGUACAAGGUACAGUAGCAGAAGGAGCUCCUAUUAUUCCAAUUUCUGCUCAGCUGAAAUACAAUAUUGAAGUUGUUUGUGAGUACAUAGUGAAGAAAAUUCCAGUACCCCCAAGAGACUUUACUUCAGAACCCCGACUUAUUGUUAUUAGGUCCUUUGAUGUCAACAAACCUGGCUGUGAAGUUGAUGACCUUAAGGGUGGUGUAGCUGGUGGUAGUAUUCUAAAAGGAGUAUUAAAGGUGGGCCAGGAGAUAGAAGUCAGACCUGGUAUUGUUUCCAAAGAUAGUGAAGGAAAACUCAUGUGUAAACCAAUCUUUUCCAAAAUCGUGUCGCUUUUUGCAGAACAUAAUGAUCUUCAGUAUGCUGCUCCAGGAGGUCUUAUCGGAGUGGGAACAAAAAUUGACCCCACUUUGUGCCGGGCUGACAGAAUGGUGGGACAGGUACUUGGUGCAGUUGGAGCUUUACCGGAGAUCUUCACAGAAUUGGAAAUCUCCUAUUUCCUACUUAGACGGCUGCUAGGUGUACGCACUGAAGGAGACAAGAAAGCAGCAAAGGUGCAAAAGCUCUCUAAGAAUGAAGUGCUCAUGGUGAACAUAGGAUCCCUGUCAACAGGAGGAAGAGUUAGCGCAGUCAAGGCCGAUUUGGGCAAAAUCGUUUUGACUAAUCCUGUGUGCACAGAAGUAGGAGAAAAAAUUGCCCUUAGCCGAAGAGUUGAGAAACACUGGCGUUUAAUUGGUUGGGGUCAAAUAAGAAGAGGAGUGACAAUCAAGCCAACAGUAGAUGAUGACUGAAGAAUUCCAGUGAAAUCAUACAUUUGGAUGGAGUCGGAAUUUCUCUUUACAACCUGGGGGUAUAUUUUCAAAGCAAUACUGGGAAAUUAAUUUCACAGCUCAUUACCUUAGUGGUAGCUGUAAGGUUAUUCUCAUUUUUUGGUGAUGAAAAUUUAACCUCUAGUGCUAAAGUAGGGUCUACAAUAAAUGUAAAAAUUGGCAUAAUGUCGGAUUGAAUCUACAUUUUAGCAGAAAUUAAUCAUUCCCAAAUAAUGUCUAAUUUAUACAUUAGUGCAGGUUUGAAAUGAAACUCCUUGCUACAACCAGCCUUUUUUGUAGCACACAUACCAACAAACCUGUUUCAAAUAAAGGUUUUCUUCUUACUUUG